ACACCAUGCCUGAGCUGGCUAAAUCUGCUCCUGCUUCCAAGAAGGGAUCUAAGAAGGCGGUGACCAAGGCGCAGAAGAAGGAUGGCAAGAAGCGCAAGCGCAGCCGCAAGGAGAGCUACUCUGUAUAUGUGUACAAGGUGCUGAAGCAGGUCCACCCGGACACCGGCAUCUCGUCCAAGGCCAUGGGCAUCAUGAACUCGUUCGUCAAUGACAUCUUUGAGCGCAUCGCGGGCGAGGCGUCGCGCCUGGCGCAUUACAACAAACGCUCGACCAUCACCUCCAGGGAGAUCCAGACGGCCGUACGUCUGCUGCUGCCUGGGGAGCUGGCCAAGCACGCCGUGUCCGAGGGAACCAAGGCUGUCACCAAGUACACCAGCUCCAAGUAA